AUGCCGCCCCUCUUCACCUCCACCAGCUGGACCACCCUCGUCCGUAAAAUAGCAGUCGCUAUGGUGUACGCCCCGAAGCCAGCCGUUGCGAUAUCAAAAGCGACAGCUUCGAAACGGACUGUCAAUCAUAUACAGAAAGCUCGACAAGUCAUACAGUCUUCUUUUCCAUCACUCUCUAUCCCUUCGCACCAACUGGGUCAUUCUUACGCUACUAUCCCAAUCAAAUCCGGCCCUACUUCGGCGUCUAGGCACUUUUCAUCUUCCAACGUUGCCAAACGACUUGGUCCAGUCCGACAAGGUUUGAAUGCAGCUGGCUCGAGACCUAGAUGGGUCAACGGACCCUCCAUCCAAGCUAAUGUGGGGUUAGGCAAAGCGAGAACCUUCGUAUCUACCACUUACCCCUCUGCUCAAAAUGCAGUCAAUGGAAAGAUCCCAAUGGUAUUUAGAGCGUUUGCUUCAUUGAUAGAAGAUGAAGAUAGGAACAAAAUAUCAAAUAAAGGUUUACCUAAAGCAAGUAGAUAUACUCCUUAUACCAAGAAUAAAUUGAAACCAACAUCGCACGGAAGAAGAAUCAGACGAAGUGAAGUUGUGAAAUCAAUCGAUUCAUCCUUUAUCGAAGAUCUCAAACACUAUUUCCCUCUUCCUUCCACCGAACCUUCCUCUGAGGAAAUCAUCUCCCUACCUCUUUUACCCGAAACGUUAAUUACCGAGGGUAAAAUAACCAUUCUCGCUUUACCUCUCUCACCAUCACUGGAAGCAUUAUUAAUCCCAAGUCAAAAUGGGUAUGACGAAACUGAAAUUGGAAUUUCAAUCUUAUCCAAAUUGACCAAAGGACUCAUAUCAAUCCAUAAUGCUUUUUCACUCCAUUCGUCCACACGGAUCAUACCCCUCCUAAAUAAAUUAGAAUCAUUGGGAGUACUAGAUUAUCAUCCGCCGGGAUUAGCCGGAAGGGUAGAUGGCGAAGUGAUCAAUGAUCAGGAUGAUCAACCUGAUAUACUUAGAUUGAUCUUUUACGAUAGAUCCAUCAAGGAUGUAAGGACGAUCUUGGGUGAGAGUUUGAGAGAGAACGAACAGGGUCAAUGGUGGGUUUUGUACGAGGAUACAAAUCAACGGGAAGAGAUGGAGUUGAAUAAAGAGGAGAGCAAAGAAAUUAUGGAAAAUUGGAAUUCACCAAUUAUACCUGCUUCUCAAGAUCAGAAUGAACAAUUGGUAUUUCCAAUACUCGACAUGUCAUAUCAACAACAAGAAGGAGAAGGAGAAGUAUUGUUCGAUAUUUCCGAAUCUAUCUUAUCGACUCCAUCAAAUUCAUGGCCUUCAACUUCAAGUGGAACUCCUCUGGAAGUUGAGGAUCAAUCAAUUUCGAUGAUUUCCUCGAUAUCGACGGAGUCAUUAACCGAAUCACUUUUGUCUCGAUUAUCUUCUUCCGACGAGGAUCAAAGGAUCUGGUCGGUUCAUCCUUCCGAUUCAGAUUCGGACGUCGAAUCUUCGUCGGUCCUCUCACAGGAGAUGGAAGAGUGGAAUCAAGUUGAUCAACUGCUUGCUUCCCCGACAGGGGGAAACGGAGAUGAGGAAGGAGAAGUUAUGGUUAGUUGGUCAGGUUCAGGUGAAGGUUUUGGUUUUUUAGCUCAACCUUGGUGA